CAAGUGUCAUCUCAGAAAACCUGCUGGUGGAUUUUUAAGCAUUUAUGAUUUGAAGUUCAUUGCUUUAUUUUAUUAGUUUUAUCAAGCACAUUUUUCAUAGGAUUUCUUUGAUUUAUAAAGUAACAUAAAUCUUCCAUAAGAAGUUUUGCCUUUUAAUUUUAUACCAUGUAGCCAAGAUUUGUCAUAACCAACACUAUUGUGUGUUAAUGACAAAUUUUUCCUGUAAAUAUAUAUAUAUAUAUAUAUAUAUAUAUAUAGUCCUUAUUAUUUGCUCUUAAUAUAUUAUUUUACUAAUAAUUAAUUUUGUGUUACAGACUUUUCAACCUGAAACAACUGAUAUUUAUGAUAAGAAAAAUAUGCCUCGUGUAAUAUAUUGCAUUCAUGCACUUAGUUCUCACUUGUUUAAAUUAGGCAAAGCUCCUCUUAUACAUGAUGUAUUUGGGAAGGCAAUUUUUACUGGUAAUAAUGGAUUAUUUCUUAUAAUAUACUACUUAUAUUAAAUAUAUUAAAACAUCAUUUCAUUUUAAUUCUGAUAGAUCAGUUGGUGAUUGUUUGAAUAUUAGUGACCCAAGUCAUGAAAAUUAAAGAAAAAUUAAAUUAUAGUAAACUAUUUCUUCAUAUUUAUAUUGAUUUUACAAUGAUUAAAUAUUACUGUCUGCUUUAGGUUUUAUUGAAAUCAUAUUUGUAAUUACAGAUGAAGAACUAGAUUUGGUCACAAAAGACCUGCAGAAAUGUGAACAUCCACUGCCAGUAUUUCAAAAAAUUGGGGGAUUGUUAUCUAAAAAUAAUACAGAUGAUUCUAAUGCACUACACGAAGCUGUAGUUGAAUUAAAUAAGUUAUUAGAUUCUGAAAAGUCUAUCACAUCAGCUAUAUUAAACCCACAAUUAAAGCUGAAAUAUGUACAAAAUCGUCUAAUAAAUGAGUACAAGAAUGUGCUACAGGCCGCAAGGUAUGAAAAAAUAAAAGCAGCACACAAUCAUUCAUUGAAUGAUAGUUACGUUCCUGAUGAGUAUGAUGAAUUACUUACACAGGUUGAAAUACAAGGCCAUAUUACCUCUGUCAAUUACAAAUAUUUGUGGAGAUCUAUAUGUACAGCAUCAUUAAAAAAUGAUUUAAAUGCUUUACAUAAAUUGUUCAAUGAAGAAUGGAUUAAAAUUAAACACUAUAAUAUUGAUAAUAUAGAUUUUUAUUGUGAUGUUGUAAGAGAAGUUAUGGAAUGUAACAAAGAUAUUGAUGUAGAAAGUGUCACAAAUUGGCAUAAGAUAUUUCAAAAUCUUAUUAAUGAAGGCAACAGAAAGUCAUCUGAACAUGUUGACCACAAGAAUGCAAUUGCUUAUGUAAACAUUGCUCUAGAUGAAGGUAGUCCUGAUGAUUUAUAUAAAGCCUUGACUAAUCAUCAUUUGGCUUUAAAUUUCAAAAUAGACAAAUAUAGCAUACCUUUGUUGUUUGAAGAAAUGAAAUUAGAGAAGUGUGAAUUAGAAAAGAAUCUGAAUGAAAAUGAGAUUGCCCUCUCUGUGUCCUACUUGUCUGCAGUAGCAGCUAUAUCUCAGGCUGUUGAAAGAGGUGAUGAGGCAGCAUGCUGGAAACUGUUAAACUCAAAUCAAGUCAACAUUGAGGGAUUACGUCCUCAUUGUCGUCGCAGAUAUCUGUCAAGUCUAAUAACUGCAAUGCAAGUAAAGAGUCGAGAACAGUGUGCAUGCCCUUUGCUUACUUUGGAAGAUAUUCGUGAUACCAUUGAUAUGGUCAAUAUGAAAGACGAUGAAAACGAAGAAUUGGUAUCAGUCAUCAAUAGUAUUAAUAAAGCUGUCAUCGAUGAGGAUAGUAAUAGAUUAAUGAAUCUCUUGAAGAGUUCAUCUUUACAAAUAAAAACUCCUCUUCAUAAAGAAGAACGUCAUUUGUAUUUGCGUAUUUUGAAAAAGAAACUUGUACUUAGAGAGUCCCAAAGUCUAUGGUUGGAUGAUAUUGUAAAUACUAUCAAUGAUGUUAAUGAAGAAUCUUUGAAAGUUAAGGAGCUUACUGAUUCUUUAGUCCACUUGAAUUUGGCAGUCAUUAAAAAGGAUAUUAAUGAGUUUUGGAAUGCUCUUUCUAAUCCCUUACUUAGUGGUUCAGGAACAAUAGAAAGCACAUGUAAGGAUAUUUAUUUUCAAAUGUUUGCUAAGGCUUUAAAGAAGAGAGGGCACUAUAUAUGCUCUUGGAUCGUAUGCCAUACAGAUGCUGGAAAUACAGUAUACAUAGAUAUUGAAUCAUACACUUAUAGUUGGACGACGCCAAAAGAUUUCGUGCCUUACGCUCGGUACUUAACAAGGAAAGAUGUUGUUUCUAUAAUAGAGAAAACAAAUAAACAUCAUGUGAAUAAAUAUAAACAAACAGUUUUAGAUAGUUGUAUUUUAGAAUUUCAAGCAUAUUGCAGAGGUUAUUUGUUCAGGAAAAAAUUAAGUGAAAAAUAUGAGUAUUUCAGUGAAAAUAUUAAAUACAUUGUUAAAAUACAAGCAUGGUGGAGAAGAAUAAUAAUUGAAAGAAAAUAUGGGACAUUGAUAAGAAUGAAAGCAAUAGAAACGAAACUUAAACAAGAGAAGAAACAAAAUCCUUGGGUUUGGUAUAAAAUUCAGGAAAAAAAGAUAAUAAAAAUCCAGGCUUUGUGGCGCGGCCGUCGAGCUCGUCAGGCGUUUACGUCUCUUUUCCACUCCGCCAAUCCUCCUCUUAAAGCCGUGAAAAAAUUUAUUCCUAUGCUUGACUUUUCAACAGAAGAUUAUGACAGAGAAAUUGAGUUACAAACUCUGAAAUCAGAAGUUGUACAAUCAAUGAGGAAAAAUCAAGAAUUAUCAAAACAAAUUGAUGAUAUGGAUUUGAAAAUAGGUCUUCUUGUACAAAAUCGCAUUGCUUUACAAGAUGUGGCUGCUCAUGGCCUGAAAUUAAAUAAUUUGGUUAAGCACAAUUCAAUGACAAAGUUGGUUUUUCAAAACAAAGCUGAUGGAAAGGGUUCAUUGAUGACAGUAUCUACCGCUGUUAAAGGUCUAAAAUCUUUAACUAAAGAGAGUAAAAGAUUACUCGAUGGAUAUCAACAUCUGUUUUAUGAAUUGCAGACCAAUCCAACAUACUUGUCAAAACUUUUAUUUUGUAUACCGCAAAAUAAAACCAAUAAUUUUCUUCAAAAUGUUGUGCUGAGUCUAUACAAUUUUGGCGCUUAUGCCAGAGAUGAAUAUUUAUUGUUAAAAUUAUUUAGAUUCACAUUGGAAGAGGAAAUAAGUUGCAAAGUGAUUAUGCCAUAUGAUAUUAUUGCUUCUACACCUAUUGUAUUAAAAAUGGCUGUUAAUCUAUCGAGGCAGCUUUCCGGCCUUAACAGUUUAAAAACUAUACUAGGUCCACUGAUAGAAAAAAUAUUGAAUGAUAGAAAUUUGAACAUAGAAACUGGGCCAAUAGAAAUAUAUAAGGCCUGGAGAAAUGAAAGUGAAAUGAAAACCGGACAAAUAUCAUCCCUGCCAUAUUCUGUGACUCAAGAAGAAGCUCUAAAGUAUCCAGAAGUGAGAGCCAGAUUGGAAACGGCGUUAAUUCAACUCAAAAAUGUUGUGACAAUAUUUUUGGAUAGAAUCACAAAUUCUACAGACCUUUAUCCUUUCUGUAUCACAUAUAUGGCUCGAGUUCUUCACAGAGCACUUUCUUCAAAAUUUCCUCAUAUUCCAGAGAAAGAUAUUUUGAAAGUAAGUUAGGAAAUACUGCACUGCACUGCAUGAUUAUUUUGUUAUGUUAAAAGAUUUUAUUAAGUAAUUUUCAUUAGUGACCCAACUUGGCUUAUCUCGCACAGCUGCAGUCUACAUAUAAAAAUUACUUAUACAUAUUUCUAAUUUUGUAUAUAUCCACCAUUUACCCUUACUUUAUUUUAAACUUGUCACCGCGUUGAAUGCCUUGUAGUACUCCAUAGGUACUCUCCACUGCCGUCGUUGGCUGUUAACUACGCGAUUAGAAUUUAUCUACUUUAAGCUACACUAUUUGGAAUAUUUAAAAAAAUGUUAUUGUUUUUAUUUCAGGUCAUAGGUAAUUUGGUCUAUUAUCAGUUUUUAAAUGCGGCCAUUGUUGCUCCUGACGCAUUCCACAUUGUAAACCUAGCGAACGGUUCAGCCCUCACGACGGAUCAAAGAAAAAAUUUGGCAUCAAUAGCAAAAAUAUUACAUUUCUCUGCAGCUAAAAAAGGAGUAAGUUACUAAUAUGUUAGACGUUUUGACGAAAACUGUUAUCCGCGUUAAUAAGUUCAAAAUAAUUUAUUAUUAUAUAGGUUAUAGUUUAUUAACCAAAUUUAUUCUGUGCCUAAAUAUUUCGCUAUAUUUAUGUUUAAUAGGGGUGUAGACAGUAAAUGAAAAGAAAUACAUUUUUUUUCUCUAGAGUUUAAUAUACUAUAACUGAUAAUCACACUUAUAUGCUUAAUAUAUUUAUAAUAUUGCUUAGAAGGAAACAAAUAUUUUAUGCUCAUGUGACCGCAAAUUUAUCACGUGACCGCAAAUAUCGCGUCAUGUCACGCUCUUCUUACUUAGAGAAAAACAACCUUAUGCAUACAUAGAACGCCUGGAGUUAUUUAUUUCAGAGUGCCGUGACUUCAUAGCGACGCCACGGCAGAAGUGGCGUUUUCUCGGUAAAUUUUGAAAAUGAUAUUUAUUUUUAGAUUUGUACUUAUUAAAUUAAUGAUAUUUUUAUAGUAUUUUUUAGAUAUAUUUCAUGUAUGUCUAUAAAAUAAAAAUGUAAAUAUAUAAAGUUGUCUACACCCCCAUUACUUAAGAUUCAUUUUGUAACACUGUAUGGUAUCAUAAUUAAUGUUAAUUUACUAUAAUAUUUGUCCAUACAGUUUGGUGAAGAAUCUCGUCAUCUACAGUGCUUGAAUGCGUUUAUAGUAGAGUGCCAUGAGAAAAUGAAAGAAUUAUUCAGGCGUUGUUGUCGCGGCCCCACUUUGGAGGAAUAUUUUGCUGUUGAUGAAUACACAGAAGCAACCCUGCUUCACCAUCCUCAUAUUUAUAUAACUGUUCAAGUAAAUGUCAUUAUUAUAUCUUUAAUAAUAUACUAUUUGUUAUAUUGCCAAAAUUAUUUUGAAUCCUACUGUUCAUGUACUCAGGUAUAAAAUGAAAUUUCGAUAUUUGAAAGAUUUUUAAAAUUAUACAUGCACCUUGAUGUUGACUUUUUGAUAGUUUAAUUGGAUGACUCUUCAAAGAUGCCUUUUUGGUUAUAUUCACCUCAGUUUAUUAUAAAUGUGUUUUUUUUUUUAUAAAAUACAGAGUUAGUUUUCGUAUUUUUUAUUUAAAUAAUGUGAAAAUAUUACAAAUUUUCUAACGCUACUAUCUUAACUUCACUAGUUACUAAGAGAACAAACUAAAUUUUGCAGGAAAUCGUAGAUACACAUGCACUUCUAGUUGAAUAUCAAGAUAUUAUAGCACCGGAUCCCUUGGAUAGACUGAAUGAGCUUCUAGAUGAUCUAGGGGAAGUACCUACGGUUGCUCAACUCGCGUCACGUGAUGUCGACACGGUAAGUUUUAAAUUUAAUUUAAAAAAUAUAGAACAUACAAAAAGUGUAGUAAUUUUAUUGAAAUUUAAUAUUUUGUUUAUAGCAACUAGGUGAAUCAAUGGAAGAAAAUGCUAGACUAGAUGUGUGCCUGGCGCUUGUUAAUAAAUUUCAGGCACCAGCCGAUGACAUGACAGAUUUGAACAAACUCUUCAUCAAAACGAAAGAAUUAUGUGUUGCUAUAAUUCCGUUUUUGAAUGGUAUGUAAAAUUAUGAUGAUAAAAAACUGUCUUACCAACUUAAUUUAGCUAAUGCAUGUAUUAAUAAUACGUUCUGAAAUACUUCAGGUGAACAUCUAUUAGAGGCACUUUGUAUUGGCACUACAAAAGAACAACAGGAACAAUACGCCAAGAAAGUACAAAAACGUAUUUACUCCGGUCAAGCUAAGUCUGAUGAGGUUAUGAAUUUGCGAGAGCACAUUGCAAAAUUACGACGGAAUCUGCAAAUGCUAGAAGACGAAGGUUAUGUCACAAGAGAAGAUGGGUACCAAGCCUUAAUAACUUCGAUCGCUCUCGACCUUUGCAAUAAGGGCAAGUAUCGACAAGCGCAGAAGAGAGCCUUGGCGACACUCACAAGAACUAAACAGAGUUUAAAUGAGAAAACUAAAUAUUAUGAAGAAAAAUGCAAAUCAUAUGACCAGUAUAUCAGGUCUUGUCUUGCCAAUCUACAUGCUGGGAAGAGAAGUGUGCACGCGUGUUUAAGAAGACCAGGUAAAGACAUCAAAAAGUUGAAGUCAAAGCUAACAGCAAAGUAUUCUGGUGCUAAAUUGAUGGAAAAAGGUGUGCUUCUAGAAAUAGAUGGACUCUCUCCAAAUCAAUUUAAAAAUGUACAGUUCGACAUCACACCUACUGAUCACAACGGCGUAUUCACAAUUAGAGCUAAAUUUAUGGGUGUAGAAAUGGAAUCAAUUGAAGUUGACAUUCAAGACCUACUACAGAAACAAUACGAGGGCUGUGCUAUUAUGGAUCUUUUUGGGAAGGCUAAAAUUAAUGUUAAUUUAUUGAUAUUUUUAUUAAACAGUAAAUUUUAUGGUAAGGUUUAAAGUACUAACAUUUUUUUUUGUAUUAUUCAGUAAGUACUUUGUAAUUUUACACAUUUUUUUUUCACAACUUUUCAUCGAAAAUACUCUUAAUAUUGAUAUAAGUUUAAGUUAUAAUUGAAGCUUUAUUUUAGUUCCAUGUUAAAAAAUUUUUUAUGUAUAAGUCACAUUAGCCUUACUGAUAUUGGACAAAUAU